AUGCACCACUCACCCCACACUCCCCUCCCAAUCUACACCCUCCCAAACUACACCCUCCCAAUCUACACCCUCCCAAUCUACACCCUCCCAAUCUACACCCUCCCAAUCUACACCCUCCCAAUCUACACCCUCCCAAUCUACACCCUCCCAAUCUACACCCUCCCAAUCUACACCCUCCCAAUCUACACCCUCCCAAUCUACACCCUCCCAAUCUACACCCUCCCAAUCUACACCCUCCCAAUCUACACCCUCCCAAACUACACCCUCCCAAUCUACACCCUCCCAAUCUACACCCUCCCAAUCUACACCCUCCCAAUCUACACCCUCCCAAUCUACGCCCUCCCAAUCUACACCCUCCCAAUCUACACCCUCCCAAUCUACACCCUCCCAAUCUACACCCUCCCAAUCUACACCCUCCCAAUCUACGCCCUCCCAAUCUACACCCUCCCAAUCUACACCCUCCCAAUCUACACCCUCCCAAUCUACAUCCUCCCAAUCUACACCCUCCCAAUCUACACCCUCCCAAUCUACACCCUCCCAAACUACAUCCUCCCAAACUACAUCUGUAAUCGUUUCAUUCUCCACUGGAAGACUGGGCCAACCACUGUGGCAAUGGCUGCUGACGUGGCAACGUCUGGUUAUGUGGCGGUCGGAUGGUCCAAGAGCAGCAAGAUGUACCCCGCUGACGCAGCCAUUGGGAAUCUGCCACCUGGCACUCUCGCUAAUGGGGCGGCGGUGGGAGCCUAUCACAUGAGCGGCUAUGGCCUGUCUGACGUGGCGCUGACGUCAUCGUUCGAGCUCACCAACACGACUGUGACUACAGCGAAUGGGAGAACUACCAUUACAUUUGAGCGCCCCCUCUCAGUGGGAGCGGUCCCCAUCAGCAGCAGCGGCGCCACCAGCGUGCUCUGGGCCUUCUCUCGUUCAGACUCGCAGCAGCUGGCCGACCACGGGCCCAACGAAGGCUCCAUUAGAAUCAACUUCGUUACAGGCACAAUUGAGUCAGGGAAAUUGACAACCAACCCAGAGGCACUCUAUGCGGCACAUGGGUGGAUUCUCACUAUAGCGUUUGGCAUUCUCAUGCCUGCUGCCAUGCUUAUAUCGAGGAUAUUCCUCUCAGAUAAGCCAGCAGAGGCAGCGGCAGCAGCAGUGCCAAGGGAAGAAGCAGCAAAAGGAGGGGAUGGGUCAGUUGAGUUUAUUUUGCAUGGAAGCAAAGAACUGGACAGGGUUCAACCGGACGGGCUUUUACUGGAGACAGUAGGAGAUGGAGGAGAAAAACCAGUAGCAGCAGGGGCGGCAGGUGCAGCAGGGGCAGCAGGGGAAAUUACCCCAGUGUAUAUUGGCCCUGUGGUAACCAUAGUGAAACCCUGGAUUUCCAAGCCUCAAGCAUUCAGCGCCCACAAGUGGAUCAUGCUCCUUGCUGUCGUGCUCUCAUUGGUUGGAAUCAUCAUGGCGUUUGUCCAAUCAGGGACGAGCUCCCUGCAGUCGACACAUGGCAGGCUGGGAUUGGCCGUGCUGCUGCUGAUCGUCCUCCAGCCAAUCAUAGGCCAGCUGAGGCCGGUCAAGAGCCACGUGUCACGACCCUAUUGGUUUGCGCUGCAUUGGGUGGUGGGACUGGCGAUUGUGGCUAUGGCGUGGAGCAACACGUACCUUGGGAUUGACCUUGCAAGCAGCCGAUUCGGCUACAACCUUGACUGGUGCUACAUCGUGUUCUCAAUCUUGAUUGGUAUCUUCGCUGCUGCUUACGCGAUCGACUUUGCGCUGGACCAGCUGGGAUUCAUCAUGCUUCGAUAUAAGCAGUCUCGUAUCGAAUCUGAAAUGCACCGCGCAAGGGCAGUGGAGAUAGUGUAG